GACUGUUCAGCGUAUGAAAUAGCUAAAGUGAGAUACGCACAGCAGCUUGAUAAUCACCGAACUAGUAGUACUUGCACUAGAAUACGAGAUAACACUCGAUCGCCUUCCAAAAUUGGCACGAGGCUGGAGUCUGGACCAGUAAGUCUUCUAUCUAGGUGGCCAUGACCAACAAAUAUCGCAGCGAUGUAUUGCUGGUUCGACGCGCUGAGUUUGUUGAAGGAGCAACGUUCGUGUUUAAUCCACACGGAACUCACAGAUGAUAAUGGCAAUACCCCAUGGGAUUGCUUCGUGUUUGUUCAUAGCGUUCAGCCUACGCAUCUUGGCUUAAAACAGCCGAGCAAUGCGGAACGCGAAGCCUUCGAAGAUCUAUACAAAGCUCACCGAAACGGCAGGUUGCAGAACGAGAUAGAGUAUCUCGAGAUCGCCUUCGGAGAGGUCAUUAAUAGACAGAGCAAGGAGGCAAUCACGACAUUAUCGCGGUUAUCCGAAGACAUGAAAAAGCAGCGGAAUCUUGUUGCUGCUGAAACAUACCGAGUAAUAAGCCUGCAGAUACGACAGAAUAUGUGGGAGGCUGCGAUUGAGGCUGUCAGAGAGAGAUUCGAGGCGCUACAGGCAGAAAUGAAAAGCUCUCCUUGGGACAGAGAGGUGCGAGUUGAUAAUAUGCGGAUAAGUCAUCUCAAAGUAGUAGAGAAAAAGGCGAUUAUGACUGGAGGGAGGAUAUAGAAAGGCAGUCAGUAAAUCAUUUUCGCGGUGGAUUCUGAAUAAGUUCUUCGCUUGUCGUAACUCUCAGUAAAAGCAGCCAAUCAAUUCAGACGGCGCCGGAGACAUUAAAGUCACUAAACCCUGUGGAAACAUUUGCGCUCUUAGCGAGCUGACAGCCCUAUGGUCAGCACUACUGAAUAGGGGGAUGCGCCAUCGAAGGUCUCUGCAUAAAGAGGUCCUUUUUCGAGCUUCAAACUCCAUGUAUGCCUUUGGAAUUUUGAUUUGACGAAUUAUCUCGAGACAGAUACCGACAUGGCUUACACGCAGCAUCAUGUUUGGCUUCUCGUCCCGGCUUGGGGACACAUCACGAGUGGAAAUGCACUCAUGGUGCGCAUGUUGCAGUUGAAUCCGUCGCUAGUGACCACGGUUGUGCAUCAUGCUAUGACUUGUAAGC